UACUUUUCUUUCCAACCAACCUCAUCAUCUAACAACUGAACAACACACACUGACGAAAAAACUCUUUUCCCUUUUCUCACUACAAUUUCAUCUUUUCCUUCAUUUUCUCACACUUUCUCGCAUUUUCUCACACUUUCUCUUCUCACAUGGCUUCAGAAUCAACCGAAGAAGACAAAAACAACAACAGCAACAAAUCAUGGGAACACAUCCUCCGCCGUAUGCUUCCCGCCGGCGCACCGUUACCCGACGAAGACCACCUCGAUUACUCCAUCGCCGUCGAAUACGAAGGUCCUCCGGUUCCUUACGACGUUCCUCGAAUCGAUCCGGUGGAAAUCAGCGCAUCUUCUUCUCCGAUUCGUACUGCUUCUGUACUCUCCGAUCGAGGUCACCGUGGCGAUGAGGCGAAUUCAUCGAUUCCUGUUGCUAUGCCGGUUUAUUCACGGUUUUCUAGGUUUAACAGAGUUCCGAAUAACGGUUUUGGUUUCAACCGCGAAAUUCGAAGUCCUGUUGAUAGUCAAAGAUCUUCUUCUGUUUCUAGAAGUCAAUCUCAAUUUGAAGCUGAUCGGUUUGAUUUCUCCGACGAAGUUGCCGCCACCGCCGACCGUCACUCCGUUUCUGUUUCCAGAACUCAAUCUCAAUUCGAAACCGAUCGGUCUGAUUUCUCCGGUGAAGUCGCUGCCGUUGACAACGGCAGCGACGACGGAAACGACGGUGAAAACGGCGAAGGUAGUUAUGUUUCCGGUUCGUCACCACCGGUACCGAAUUCAGCUCCGGUACCGUCUCAAGUCGUUGAAGGAAAACGACCUACUGUGGUAACAUUUAACGAGCCUAGGGUUUAUGACUCUGAUGGCGGCGACAGCUAUUCGUCGCCGCGAUCGGUUGCGACUGAGCCGGUAGGAUCACCGGCAGAGGCAAGGAAGAAUUCGCUAGUGAAACGAGGUGUUUGUAGUAGGUGUGGGAAUAAGAAUAGGUUAAAAGAGAAAGAAGCGUGUUUGGUUUGUGAUGCAAGGUAUUGUAAUAACUGUGUAUUGAAAGCUAUGGGUUCAAUGCCGGAAGGGAGAAAGUGUGUGAGCUGUAUUGGGAAAGCUAUUGAUGAGAUUAAGCGAUCGAGUUUAGGGAAGUGUUCGAGGAUGUUGAGUAGGGUUUGUAGUCCUUUGGAGAUUAAUCAGAUUAUGAGAGCUGAAAAAGAGUGUGCCGCGAAUCAGUUAAGGCCGGAGCAGCUUGUUGUUAAUGGUAGGCAGUUGAGGCAGGAAGAGUUGGCUGAGAUUUUGGGUUGUUCGAUUCCUCCUCAGAAGUUGAAGCCGGGGAGGUAUUGGUAUGAUAAGGAUUCUGGACUCUGGGGAAAGGAGGGAGAGAAGCCGGACAAAAUAAUAAGUUCAAAGCUUAAUAUUGGAGGGAAGCUUCAACAGGAAGCAAGCAAUGGGAAUACUAGAGUCUACAUGAAUGGCCGUGAAAUAACAAAGAUCGAGCUUAGAAUGUUAAAGCUAGCAAACGUUCAAUGCCCGCGAGAUACCCAUUUCUGGGUUUAUGAUGACGGAUCUUAUGAGGAAGAAGGCCAAAAUAAUAUCAAGGGCAACAUAUGGGGAAAGGCGUCCACUCGUUUCAUCUGUUCAUUAUUCUCUUUGCCUGUACCGUCUACUAAUCCUCCUGGGGUCAGAGACAAUCCAAGUAACUAUUCAACAAGGUCAGUGCCUGAGUAUUUGGACCAUGGUAGAGUUCAAAAACUUUUGUUGUUUGGCAUGGAAGGAUCUGGAACAGCUACCCUCUUUAAACAGGCCAAGUUUUUAUACGGGAACAAGUUUUCUGCAGAAGAGUCGCAAAACAUCAAACUCAUGAUUCAAAGCAGUAUGUACAGGUAUCUCAGCAUUCUGCUUGAAGGAAGAGAGCAGUUUGAAGAGGAAGCUCUGGCAGAGAAAGAAUCUACUUCAUUAGAAGUUGAAGGAUCUGGACCUGCAGAAACAGCAAAUGAUGAAAACAAACCAUGCAUUUACUCAAUCAAUCAAAGAUUCAAGCAUUUUUCUGACUGGUUGCUGGAUAUUAUGGCUACGGGGGAUUUGGAGGCUUUCUUUCCUGCUGCUACACGUGAGUAUGCUCCAAUGGUUGACGAGAUAUGGAAAGAUCCGGCUGUUCAGGAAACAUACAAGAGAAGAGAGGAAUUGCAUAAUCUUCCUGAUGUUGCUAAAUAUUUCUUAGAUCGGGCAAUCGAAAUAUCAAGCAACGAGUAUGAACCUUCUGAUAAGGAUAUAUUAUAUGCUGAAGGAGUUACACAGAGCAAUGGUCUUGCUUUCAUGGAGUUUUCAUUUGAUGAUAGGAGUCCUAUGUCUGAGAUAUACAGUGAGAAUUUAAAUAACCCAGCCCCCCAGACCAAAUUUCAACUUAUUCGCAUAAAUUCGAAGGGACUGCGUGAUGGCUGCAAAUGGUUGGAAAUGUUUGAAGAUGUGAGGGCGGUCAUUUUUUGUGUUGCCCUGAGUGACUACGACCAAAUGUGGCCCACUAGCACCGGCAAGCUUCAGAACAAAUUGCUAGCAAGCCGAGAUCUUUUCGAGAGUCUAGUGAGGCAUCCUUGUUUUAAAGAUACCCCUUUUGUGCUUUUGCUAAAUAAGUAUGAUGCCUUCGAAGACAAGAUUAACAAAGCUCCUCUGUCAACCUGUGAGUGGUUUUCGGAUUUCGCUCCAGUGAGGCCCCAUCACAACAAUCAUGUACUAGCACACCAAGCAUAUUACUAUAUAGCUGUAAGAUUCAAGGAGCUUUAUUAUUCCUUAACUGGCCAGAAGUUGUUUGUGGGGCAAACUCGUGGUCGGGACCGUGUCUCGGUUGACGAGGCAUUCAAAUACAUUAGGGAGAUCAUCAAAUGGGAGGAUGAGAAGGAUGAACUGUAUGAAAUCAAUCCUGAAGAAUCAUUUUACAGUACAGAGAUGAGUUCUGCUUUCAUCAGACAGGAAUGAAUUCCCAACAUUUGAUAACCCUUGAGACAGGAUACCAAAUGACGAGCAAGGAGUCUCGCCGCUCCACAGAAUUUGUCGAAGCAUUGCAUUUAUGAAGGACUGAGAGGUCAUUUGGCUGGCCUAUGUGAAAUGUUUUGUUUUGUUUUGGUCUCUUAGGAUCUUUCUGAUCAGGUUCAUAAUUAUUUUUUCCCCCAUGUUAAAUAAGCUAAUUUGCUUGAGAGGUUGUAAAUUCAGAGGUGAUUUGUUGUCUGUACAGCUUAUAUAUUGAUAAGUGAGCAGCUUAAAUUGAAAAAAAAUAUAUACAUAUAUAUAUUUGCUUUAACCGUUAA